AUGGCAAAGACUACAGGGCAUUUGGUUGCUCUUGCAACGAGAAUACUUGAGCAAGCCAAAGCAUUGGAAGCCUAUCAUGAGAAGCAAGAUACUCCACUGCCCUCGUUUGACGAGAGUGCCUCUGAAGGACUCAACUUCCCACGAGAAAUGGAGAAAACACGAGCAACUAUCUCAGAUGCAUGCGAGGAGCUAAACGCUCUGGUGCAAGACCCGAGAAUGAUGAUGCAGUCGAGAGUCAUGGCUCACUUGCUGUACUUUGACGUUGUACAUCGCUUCAAGAUCACGUCCAAAGUACCUCUCAAUGGCUCGAUCAGCUACUCAGAGCUAUCUAAGCAGACAGGCGUGAGCGAGGCAGCUCUCCGAAGAGUGCUUCGAUUCGCCAUCUCGAACCAUGUCUUUGCCGAGAAGCAGCCCGGCUUCAUCUCUCACUCCGCCGCCUCGAGACUGCUGGUGGACGAUCCAACAAUGUUCGACUGGGUCGGGUCAGUCGUGCAGGAGAUCACUCCAGCCCAAUUAGCGGAAGGCAAGGCGCUUGAGAAGUAUCCCGAAGCGGACGAGAGCUCGAAGACCGGCUACAUGGUUGCUAACAAGGCAACUGAGCAAUCCUUCUAUCUCCAUAUGGCAAAGGAGCCAGAGCGGGUCAGGCAAUUUGGCAGCGCCAUGAGUGGUUUCGCCAAAGGGAGAGGCCAUUCGCUGGAUCACCUGGUCAAUAAUUUUCCGUGGGGUGAGCUGGGAUCUGGUACUGUCGUGGAUCUCGGUGGAGGCGCAACUGGUGGAGCAGCCUUUGCCAUCGGUGAGAAGUAUCCGGACUUGAAUCUGAUCGUGCAGGAUCUGCCAGAUACAGUGGCGGGAGCAGAAGAGAAGCCUGGUGUGAAUGUCAAAUUCCAGGCGCACAGCUUUUUUGAUGAGCAGCCAGUCAAAGGAGCGGAUGUCUACAUGAGCAGAUGGUGCUUUCACAACUGGUCCGACAAAUAUUGCACCAAGAUCCUCAACGCCCUGAUACCGGCACUCAAGCCAGGUGCCAGGAUUCUGAUCAUGGACGCUGUAUUGCCGCAGAUCGGGAGUGGUGCUGUCUUGUCGAACGAGGAACGUCGACUGCGCAACUUCGACGUGACCAUGAUGGCGCUUUCUGCAUCUCAAGAACGAGAGCUGGAAGACUGGAAGGCUCUGUUCGCGGCAGUCGAUAGCAGAUAUCGUUGGAAAGGGGUCGCGCAGCCCGAAGGCUCGAACUUGGCACUGAUCGAGGCGGUCUGGGAUCCUUGA